AUGGCAAACGCCCAGUACACCCUGCCCAAGCUUCCCUACGCUUACGAUGCGUUGGAGCCUCACAUCUCGGCCCAGAUCAUGGAGCUUCACCACAGCAAGCACCACCAGACCUACGUCACAAACCUGAACAAGGCCAUCGAGACAUACAACGCCAACCCCCUGCAGAACCGCAUCGCCGUCCUCGCCGCCCUCAACUUCAACGGCGGCGGCCACAUCAACCACUCCCUCUUCUGGGAGAACCUCGCCCCCGCCUCCAGCCCGGACGCCUCCCCGGACUCCGCCCCCAACCUGGUCGCCGAGAUCACCCGCGUCUGGGGCGGCCUGGACAAGUUCAAGCAGGCCUUCAACGCCGCGCUGCUGGGCAUCACCGGUAGUGGUUGGGGCUGGCUCGUCAGGGACGACACGACGGGGUUGAGCAUCGUCACGACCAAGGACCAGGACCCCGUCACCAAGGGCGUGCCUGUCUUCGGCGUCGACAUGUGGGAGCACGCGUACUACCUUCAGUAUCUCAAUGGCAAGGCGGCCUAUGUGGAGAACAUCUGGAAUGUCAUCAACUGGAAGACGGCGGAGUCCAGGUUCUCGGGCAGCCGGGAUGACGCCUUCAAGGCCCUCAAGGCUGUUCUCUAA